AUGUCAGAAGACGAGCACUACCUGUUUGACUUCUACCUUAAUUAUGUCAUUGAAUACGGCUACAAGGCAUGUUAUCACAAAGAAGACGAAAAGGUCUUCCAAGCGUCGAUGAGAAACGUCUGGGUUCCAUGGGCCAUGGGCCAACCAAGCUUGAUGGCUGCAAUAUUCCACGUAGCAUGCCGCAAUUAUGCCGCCACAACGAACAACAGCAACUCGAAGAGGUACGCGGUGAAGAAACUCCAAUAUCGUCUCACGUGCUUGGAGAUGGCAAAAGAUGCAAUUGCCUCUCAGGCAGUGGCUAGUGAUACGACCAUUGCGCUGGCUUUGCUGAUGGCGUCCGAAUCUCACUUUGAAGGAGAUAUGGAUGCCUUCUUCGCCCAUGGUAUAGGCAUCAUUAAGAUGGUUACAGCACGAGGUGGACUUGAGACACUUGGUCUGUCUGGGUUCCUCACAAAAAGUGUCGGGUGGUCGAUAUACAGCCCGAGCAAUUACUUGGUGUCUGGUCCUGGUGAACUGAGGGUUGAAGGAUAG